AUACAUGAAGCGUGUACCCGGAUGCGUGUACUACCUGCUUACGUGUACACAGUGUAAUCGGAGCAUGUGCGUAAGGAUGAACCGCGAGGGUCGACAAUCGUGAUCCGACGACGCCGUGAAGUGCACGACUCGCAUGUUCCCAGUUCAACGUUCUUCUUCUUCUGGAACACAGCAAACAUGACUGUUAAACUGAAAUUGAAAGAUGUGAAAGAUAAGUUGAAGGAGGACACCCUGGACCUCAGUCUGUGUGACCUGGAGGAGGUGCCUGUGCGAGAAAUCGCAUCUCUCAAAAAAGCGACGAAUGUAAAUUUAUCAACCAACCUUCUGACUUCGUUGCCGGCCACUUUUGUUACCCUGAAACAAAUUGUAAAAUUGGAUCUCAGUAGAAACAUGUUGAUUGAACUUCCUGAAAAUUUUGGUGAGAUGACACAGUUGAAACAUUUGGAUUUAUAUGCUAAUAAGAUUAGCAGAUUACCUUUGAGCCUGAGUGAAUUAAAGAAUCUCAAGUGGUUGGAUUUGAAAGAGAAUCCCUUAACCGAGGCUGUAGCCAGUGUUGCGGGACCAUGCAGCAAUAUGCGCGAGUGUCAGGCUUGUGCUCGUAAUAUUGUUACUUAUCUGUCCAAUGUUAAACUUGUUAUUGAAGAGGAAAGAUUACGCAGAUUGAAUAAUGUCACAGGUGAUACAGACAAAGAGAUAACAGUUACAAAAAAAGAAGGCAAAAAGAAAAAGCGAAGAAACAUGGAAAGGGAGAGCAAGGCGAACGGGAAUAAAAUUGAUUCUCCAACACAAAACAAAGGAUGUUCACAGGAUGACAGUGAUAGCACAAGAUUAAUGGGAUCACCAUCUAAUAGCAUGUCCACACAUAAAUCAUGUAGGUCCACAGGCACUAGGCUGUGCCGAUCACUCACAUGCGUGAUUGUAUGGUUCUUCGUGAUUAGCUCAUUACUUACUGUAGCGUUAGUGAUACUUUCGUGGCGUUACGAGCAACAAACGGACACAUUUUUGCAAAAUGCGCAAACAUUAUCGGGUUUACCGUUGAAGAAUUAUCAUAGGCAAACUACAGAUUGUUUGCUAAGUAUAAUAAAAAUCACGACUAUGCAGAUGAAGUCAAUCAUCGACAUUGCGAAUGAUUUUUAUAAAACGCAAUUCGAGGGGGAGACAAACGAUGCAGGGAAGGAACUGUGAAAAGUGCUAUUUGCUCAUUUCUAAUUCUUAAUCAUUGGAGAUCAGCAAGAUCAAAAACCAUUUGAAUAAAAUAACAAUGCAUUGAUGUUUUGUUAUACAAUGAAAGCUUAUUUUCAUUGAAAAAUAAAUAAAAUUUAAAAAAAUA